AUGGACGCCGCCGACCUCGGAUCGCUUCCGACUCGGGAGCUGCUUCACCGGUGUCGCGCCGCGGGCUUGGACCUCGCCGGCCUCAGCGACAAGCGCGACCUCGUCGACGCGCUGAUGGCGCACGAGGUGGGUACAGUGACGGACUCGCCGAUGCGUGAGGCAGAGGUUUCCGACCGGUACAGCGGCGGAGCUGAGGCCUCAUGCGAGGCCUCAUGCGACGAGGACGCGGAGGAGAUGUCCGAGCGCGAGGCACAGGCGGGCGAGCCUGAGGGCGAGGGCGAGGGCGAGGGCGAGGGCGAGGGCGAGGGCGAGGGCGAGGGCGAGGGCGAGGGCGAGGGCGAGGGCGAGGGCGAGGGCGAGGGCGAGGGCGAGGGCGAGGGCGAGGACGAGGAGGAGGGCGAUGGUGACGAGGAGGAGGAGGCGGAGCUGAUGCGGCAAGCGCUGCUGAUGUCCACGGAGACCGAGGCUGUCCUCUCCGGCCUCCCCAUCCGGGAGCUGCGCGCGCGGCUGCAGGCGCGGGGCAUACCGACGGUCGGGCUCGUCGAGAAGGCGGGCUGGUCGCCGCCUGGUCGCUGGAGUGCGGAGCUCGUCGCCGCCCUUCUGCGCGGAACGGAGCAGCCGGACGAGCCGGCAGGCGGCGAGCGGGAGGGCGUGGCUCCCGUCCCGAAGUGCGACGGCGAUGCCGGCGAUGCACAGGUCCUGCUCACCUUCAGCCAGCGGGCGCGGCUCCUCUCGGCCGCCGCGGCAGGAAGGCCCACCCUGGACGGGACCGGCAAGGCGGCGGCUGGCGCCCUCCUCGCGGCCUCUCCUCGGGUGGGGCUUUCCCACCGCGAGUCGGCCGUCUGCGUCGGAGUCGACGAGUUUGUCGAAGACGCCUCCAUUGCGGCGGCGGGCGGCGGUGGCAGCUUCGACGGCGGCGCUCUCGCGGCGGCGCUUGUCCCGCGUUGGGUCCUCACUUCGCUCGGCGUCGCUGCCGGCGAGGAGGCACUCGUCUCUGUGGUCGCGUUGCCGCGCGCCACGUGGGUCCGGCUCCAGCCCCACACGGACGCCUUCGCCGCCUCGCUCGGCCGCGACGCAGACCCGCGCCAGCUGCUGACGCAGCUCAUCAACCGCUUCGUCGCCGUCUCGGUCGGCGACACCAUCCAGCUGGCGAUCGACGGGCAGCGGCACGCGCUAGACGUCACCGCGCUGCGCGGCACGCCGGGGGAGCGGUGCGGGUUGCCGGGCACGAUGCUUGACGUGGGCGCCGCGCUGCGGUCCCUCGACGCCAAGCCGUGGGCGUGCGGCGUCUGCACGCUGAUUAACCCGCCGGGCCGCGCCAGCUGCUCGGCGUGCUCGACGCGGCGGCCGGAGGACGCGGCGGCCGGAGGCGGAGGCGGCGGAGGCGUGCCUGUGCGGUCCGCGUGCUUGGUAGACGUCGACCUCGAGGUGGACCUCGCGCCGUCGGCCGAGGCGGAGGGGGUGGCGGAGCGGGAGGCGGAGGCGGAGGCGGAGGCGAGGCGGCGGCAGCAGGCGGAGGCGGAGGCGUGCGCGGCGGCGGAGGCGGCGGCGGAGGCGGCGGCGGCGAGGGAGAAGGCGGAGGCGGAGGCGGAGGCGGAGGCGCGGCGCAGGGUCGCCUCCGACGCCCUCGGCGCGCUCCUAGGGUCACGCGGCGGGGAGGAGGCCGCCCUGCAGUGUGCAGUCCGGCGGCCCGACGGUACGCGGGGCACCGCGCGGCUGCGGCCGGAGGAGCCGCUGCUGGCGCUCUGGUGGCUGGCGGAGGCGGAGGCGCCGGCGGGAGAGGCGCUGCCGCCGGGCUUCCGCCUCGCGACGGGUUUCCCGCGCCGCCUGCUGGAGCGGCCAGCGGACGGCGGCGUCUCCCUCUCCUCGCUGGGACUCGACCCGGGGCAGCACCUGUUCUUUGUGGAGGCGUGA